GUUGCUUGAUUAAAAUGGUAUGGACAGAGCUUCAAACUCGUUGAUUCAAGUGUUUUUAGUCAGUCAACUUCGUCGAGUUGUUUAUAUAAUAACCCCAAAAAAAAACUUUGUCGAGUUUGAAUUUAGCAAAUUGUCAAGUUUGAAUCUACCAAGUUGGAAAUUUUUGUCAGAUUCAGGGAUGGUGUUUUAGGUUUAUGCAAGACUUUCACUUCUUUUCAGCUACUAACACAAAAAAAAAAAAAGAAAGGAAUUCCUAGUAGUUUAUCUAGGUUGAUUGCUCUCAAUCUUCAUGGAGGCUGCUCAAGAGUUGGAACUUCAAGCCACAGUGGAAGGCAGAGAAUCAAACUCACAUAAAGGCCCAUCUCCUACCAACCAAUUUCAAGUUUCUACACUUCAAGCCUACAAAUGGUGGCUUCGGGUGGCUUUGUAUAUCAUUUUUCUUCUUGCUGGCCAAUCUACUGCCACUCUAUUGGGGAGAUUAUACUACGACAAAGGCGGGAACAGCAAAUGGAUGGCAACGUUGGUUCAGUCAGCCGGCUUCCCCAUCCUGAUUCCCCUCUUUUUUUUCUUCUCAUCAUCCAACACGUCCUCCAAUCACGAGCCAGAAAUGACACGAUCUGAACACGAAGAACACAACUUGAUUGCAACCCGACCAUCAUUCCAUGCUCUUGUGUUGCUUUACCUCUUCUUUGGCCUUCUCUUGGCAGGUGACAACAUGAUGUAUUCAUAUGGACUCCUAUACCUUCCUGUAUCCACCUAUUCCCUCCUAUGUGGAACCCAAUUAGCCUUCAAUGCUCUCUUCUCCUUCCUCCUAAAUUCUCAAAAAUUUACCUCUUUAAUACUCAAUUCUCUUGUCCUCCUUACCAUCUCAGCCUCCCUUCUUGCAGUUCAUGCAGAAUCUGAUAACACAACAGAAGUCCCUAAAGGGAAGUACAUAAUUGGAUUCCUAUGCACACUUGGGGCAUCAGGUACAUACUCACUAUACCUUUCUCUAGUACAACUCUCAUUCCAAAAGGUAAUCAAGAGAGAAACCUUUGGUGCUGUCUUGGAUUUGCAAUUUUACCCAUCAUUUGUCACAACUUGUGCUUGUGUGGUGGGACUUUUCGCUAGCGGGGAAUCGAAAAAAUUGGGGAGAGAGAUGAGAGACUAUGACGAGGGGAAGGUGUCCUAUGUGAUGACACUGGUUUGGACAGCUGUGACAUGGCAAAUAUCAUCAGUGGGUUUGCUUGGAUUGAUCUUUGAGGUGUCUUCACUGUUCUCUAAUGUGAUUAGUACCUUGGCAUUGCCUGCUGUUCCUGUUCUUGCGGUGAUAUUUUUCAAUGACAAAAUGGAUGGAGUGAAGGGGAUUGCUUUGCUGCUUGCUAUUUGGGGCUUUCUUUCUUAUGUCUAUCAACAGUACCUUGAUGAUUCGAGAUCGAAAAGAAUGGUUUCUAAUGCCAAUGAGGCUUCUGAUUCUCAUACAGAACUCUGUUCAAUGGUUGGUAAUGGAACAAGGUUGAGGAAAGAUAAAGAAAUUACACAGCAUGAGCAAAGUAUGCAAGGGCUGGAAAUUAUUUGAUUGAUAAUCUUGGGUCUUUUUUUGAAUUAAACAAAAAUAAACUUAUGUAGAGUUCUUGAAAUUGGGAGUUCUGCAAACACAUCUUCCCGGAGACGGAAGGAUAUGCACCUAGUUUGUGACUUUAGGGCUCGUUUUGUUGUCAUAUCA